AUGUUUGCACAUGAUAACCCUUCGCUUGAGCAAACCGAGUCCAAGAAAAACGUCGAUUUCCUUUCUUUAAAGCCGUUAGAUAUGUUUAAAAUUAUGAGUACAAUGAGUUCUCAGAAUCUACACGAUCAGGGAGCUGUCUCGACGAGUGGGCCGUUUCCCCAGAAACUCCGAGGCCUCGAUGUUGGAUCUCGGGGCUCAGUGAAAGUUUCAAUACCCAAUGGUAGUGAAACACCAAUAAACGUUGCGCCAACCAGAGCUUGUGAUACCCUUUGUGACUCCGAAUUGGAGUCGGGGAUAAACGAUAUUUUCACUAACACUCAAAACAAUAAGGUACUAAGCCCCGAGUACUGUGAUUCGACCUCAUCUCGAAUAAACCACAAAACCGGCCAUUCCAAAAGGUCUCCUCAACCUAGUUCUAAAGGACGUUUUUUAGCGUCUAAUAGAAUCGGUCCCUCUAUCAUUCCGACUCCUGAUCUCAACUUCCCGUCGAGACAGGAUAUUAAACGCUCUUACAACCCCCAGAACGAAGUGAAAAGUCCAAUUUCGAGUUUUGGUACUGCUUCAACGUCUGGAUCUUACGUGAUACCCAAAAAUCCUGUCAUUAUGAACCCAUACCCACAAACAUCCAAUUAUUUUUCCGAGAAAGCUCCUGCUUCCGAACUUCAUUUAGAAAUCAACCAAAAAAAGACCCAAAGCUUGGUACAGCCUUCUCAGCAGAGGGGACCAAGCUCUACAUUCAAUCAGAAAGAAGCGGCUCCAAUCUCUCUUAGUGUAUUGAAAUGCAGACCUGAAACUAAGGUAUUUCCCCGGCAGAGUUCGGCGCCGCCUGCUAAGGAACUCUCUGGCUCUGGGUUGGAUUCUGGUUUGGAUGGUGAGAAAAAUAUCUCUCCAGAAGUCGGUGGCCCGGUUCUAGGAGGCGCAGGCUACUCCUUCGUUACAGAAUCUAGAUUCGCUGCUAUUGCUCAAAAAGUUAGUAAAGGUAGCAAUAACGGAGCGGUCAGUUCAAAAGAUAUUGCGACUGAGACUCCCAACCAAGAUCGGUCUAAGCUUAGCCACGAUUCAUCGCCCAAAGAAAUGCUACAGGAACAACAAUCAACGGAACAUCUUAUCCAACCAAGGGAAGUACCAAAUAUCGACAUCAGUGGCAAUCUGCAUUUCAAGAACCAUUCAGGAAUUGAGGAGGGGUCUUCUAUAUCGAUGUCAACAACAGCCUCCGGAAGCGGUUUCGGGGAACCUUUGGGGUUUAAAGAAGCCGCAGGAGGCGAUAAAAAUGAAAACGAAGAAAAUGCGGAGAUUCAAGCUUUAGGAAAUCUCAAUGAUAUCGUGCUCGUUAGCCAUAAGCCAUAUACAAAACGCGUAACUGCUAGGCGUCGAAUGCGCCAAGGAGAAUUUGCUAAAUGGUGCGAAGAGAAAUCUAAAGAAAUCCAAAUCGAAGCAAUAAUUGAACGUCAUCAACAGGAUGAGGAAAAAAUGUCCGCGAGAGCAAUGAUUACAUCUCACAAAUUCAUCAUCUCGGACCCUCGUGAAUAUCAAAUGGAGCUUUUCGAAAUUGCCAAGGAACGAAAUACCAUCGCAGUGCUCGAUACAGGCUCCGGCAAAACCCUUAUUGCCUGUCUUUUAAUCCGACAUAUGGUUGACCAAGAGCUUGAAUCUCGUAUGCUUGGCCGUCACCGCCGUGUCAGCUUUUUUCUUGUUGACUGUGUAACACUUGUUUUUCAGCAGGCAGCAGUUUUGAAUUGCAAUAUCGAUGCAAAGAUUGGCAAGUACUGUGGUGACAUGGGAGUUGAUCUCUGGAAAAAAGAUAUUUGGGAUAAAAUUCUUGAUGAUGAGCAGGUAAUUGUCAUGACGGCAGAUGUGCUUUACAAUUGCCUCACGCAUGCAUUUAUCAAGAUGGAAGAUAUAAAUCUUCUUUGCUUUGAUGAGGCGCAUCACGCAAAGAAAAGGCAUGUAUAUGCACGGAUAAUUAAAGAUUUCUAUAUAUGUGAGCCUGAAGAUAAGAGACCGAAAAUCUUCGGGAUGACUGCUUCACCAGUUGACGCACGAGUUGAUGUUGUUCAGGCUGCCUUAGAGCUUGAAGAACUUCUUCACAGCAAAAUUACAACUGCAAGUGACCUGAUGCUGCUCCAGAGCUCUGUUAACCGCCCUAAAGAGGAGGUUGCAGCAUACGUCAAGCUUCAAGCUCCAUUUCAAACCCAGCUCUGCUCAAAACUCUACAGCAAAUAUGGUAAAUACGAAUCCUUCGGAAAGAUAUUUGCGUUCUCCAAGCAGUGUGCUUCCGAACUCGGCCCUUGGUGUGCAGAUCAAGUAUGGAGAUUUGCACUGUCUGAGCAAGAAUACCGCAAACUCAAACGUAAAGAGGAACGAAAUGCGAAUCGCCAAAGUAGUCAGAAUGGUCUCGAUCUUAUCGAAAAGGAUAUACAACUCCUCCGGGAAGCAAAGAUGGAUGUUCAGAAUCAUGUUUUUGACACUCCGGAUCCAGAGACCAGUGAUUUAAGCUCAAAGGUAGUUCUACUGCAUCGGUUCCUUAGACAUGUGUAUGCCGAAGAAAACAACAACAAAUGUAUCAUUUUUGUCAGUAGACGAUACACUGCUCGUGUUCUAGCUGCACUAUUGAAGGAAGUCGGGAGCCAGUAUAUGAAACUUGGUAUCCUUAUUGGAUCAAGUUCUUCCGGUGCCGGUGAUGAGAAUGUCACUUUCAGACAGCAAAUGGUAACUGUAAGCCAGUUCAGGAGGGGUAAAUUGAACUGUCUCAUUGCUACUUCGGUGGCGGAGGAGGGCUUGGAUAUACCAGAUUGUAGUUUGAUUAUUAGAUUUGAUCUAUAUACCACGAUGAUUCAAUAUAUCCAGUCGAGAGGACGAGCACGUCAUUCAAAAUCUCGCUAUAUUCAUAUGUUGGAGGCCGGCAACGAAGAGCAUAGGAGAAUUCUCGGCGACGUACGAAGCGCAGAGGGGAUCAUGCGAACCUUUUGUCAAAGCCUUCCGGAAGAUAGGUUACUUAACGAACCACCCAAUAGCGAACAUCUCCUUGAUGAAAGCGAUCGUAUUUACAUCGAGCCAGAGAGCGGUGCGAAGCUAACCUUUUCGUCUGCAAUGCAAAUUAUGGGACAUUAUCUUGGUAGCUUGCCUCAUGAUGGCGAAGAUUUGUCUCCACCUAUCUAUAAAGUUCGCCAUCUUGGAGAUAGGUCGUAUAUCUGUGAAUUAUUACUCCCUGCUGCAUCGCCAAUCACUUGCGUUGAGGGCACAGUCAUGACUACCAAAGCUGGAGCAAAAAGAGCCGCUGCAUUCGAAGCUUGCUUACAACUCAGAGCUAGAGAACAUCUGAAUGCUCACCUCCUCCCAAAAUAUAGAAUGAGGGAUAUUCCAAAGAUGGCCAAUGCACACUUGGCCUUGGAUUCCAGCAAGACUCAAAAUUAUGCAUCGAAAGAGAAACCCACAUUCUGGACAAUCAAAGAUAGCACACCUCCUCCACAGGUUUGGGUAACUGUAUUUCUUUUAUCCAAUCAACAGGAGAUCAAUGAACGGCUUCUGCCAAUAGCUAUCGCUACCAGGGAAAAGCUUCCUAAUAUUCCAAGCUUUCCUAUAUAUUCCGAUAGAGGUGCCCUUUCAGAUGUUAUUUCAUUACGUCUAAAUAAGCCCUUGGACGUAACGGUUCAGAAACUUGAAUUACUUAGCAGGUUCACCAUACGUUUGUUCUACGACUUAUUCAAUAAGCUCUUUGAGCAAGACGACUCGACGUUUCCAUAUUGGAUCUCACCGUGCAAAAGUGGAGAGUGGAAUGAGGAAACCUUAGCUGAUGAUGUACUUGACUGGGAAAUGAUGACAUACAUCAUGUCCACCCUACAGUUAGAGUGGAAUGACAAAACACCAAUCAAUAACUUCGUUGAUAGGUUUCUUGUGGAUAGAAGGCAGCGGAGUAGACGUUUUAUUGUCUAUGAUUGUGAUCCGACGCUAAGCCCCAAGGAUCCUGUUCCAAUGCAAAUGCCUCAUGGAUCGACAAUCUCCAGUAUACUUGACUACUCGUAUAAUGCUGGGAAAAAGGGUGCUGCAAAAUGGAAGGGCAUAAAAUGGAAAAUCCCAGAGACAGAGCCUGUACUGGUAGCUGACCGACUGCUGCAUCGGCUGAAUUACUUGGACCCCCCUAGUGAGAAGGAUGCAAAUACGGGUACCGAAGCUUGGAUCUGCCCUUCGGCUUUUCAAGUUUCUAUGAUACCGUGUCAUGUUAUACAUAUGGCCAUGAUAUUUCCGUCUAUCAGCACUAGAAUCGAUGCAUACCUUCAUGCUUGGGACGUCUGCAAACUACUAGGGAUGGAAGACUUGGAUCUUAGGCUGGCUUUAGAGGCUAUCACAAAGGAUUCUGAUAAUUCUCAUGAACAUAAUAAAGAUCAAGUGAAUCCAAGGAAAGGAAUGGGAAAUAAUUAUGAGCGCUUAGAGUUUUUGGGAGAUUGUUUCUUGAAAGUGGCAUCUUCCGUUAGUCUUUUUGCGGAAAAUCAUGAGAACGACGAGUAUCAGUUGCACGUUAAACGUAUGUUACUCGUUUGCAACCAGCACCUAUUUGAAAAAGCCAAACGAAUCAACCUGCCAACUUAUAUCCAAACGGAGGGAUUCUCGCGUCGCUGGUGGUAUCCAGCCACCAUGAAACAGAUUUUAGGAAAGGGCACUGGUAAGAAAAUUAGUAAGCCAGGCAGUCUACAUAGGCUCGCCGACAAAUCUAUUUCCGAUGUAUGCGAGGCCUUGAUAGGAGCAGCAAUCAUCGACAAAGGCCUUGAUGGCGCUACCCAAAUGGUAACUGCCAUCUUACAAACACCAGAACACCAGCAGAAAGAAUGGGCCGAUUACUACAAAGGAUAUACCAAACCUGGAUACCAGACUGCUCUACCCUCUGCUUCACAGAUAAAAUUAGCAAGGGAUAUUGAGAAACAGAUUGGCUAUAAAUUUCAAUCCCCAAAGUUACUUGUGUCUGCGUUCACACAUUCAAGUAAUCCUUACUCUUGGGAGAAGGUGCCAUGCUACCAGAGGCUGGAGUUUUUAGGAGAUUCUCUACUGGAUCUGGUGUGUGUACAGUAUAUCUUUAAUAAAUAUCCAGAGGCAGAUCCCCAAUGGUUGACCGAGCAUAAAAUGGCUAUGGUUUCAAAUAAGUUUCUCGGUGCCGUUUCUGUCGUAAUGGGCUUUCAUCGAAAACUUAAGAGGGUUGGCCAGCAUUUAGAUAUUGCGAUUCGAGACUAUGCGAUAGAAAUCACAGAGGCCAAAGAGAAAUCGAACGGAGCAGUUGACUUCUGGACAUCAGUAAGCCCGCCACCAAAGGCUCUACCUGAUAUCCUCGAGGCAUUUAUCGGUGCCUUAUUUGUCGAUUCCGAAUUCAAUUACCAGAUAGUUGAAAAAUUCGUCUCUGAUUUCAUCCUUCCAUACUUCGUUGACAUGACUAUUUAUGAUAAUUUUGCUGGCCAACACCCGACCACCUUCCUAACCCAGCGCAUGACAGACCUGGGUUGCACCAAUUGGGGUUACGAAAGUGAGCAAAUCAGGACUGAAGAAGAGUACUUUAUUCUCACCGGGAUUUUGAUCCAUAGCAAGGUAUUCGCGUUUGGGAAAGGACCAUCUGCGAAAGCUGCAAGAAUUUGUGCAAGUGAGGCUGCGCUUGAAAAGUUAAAUAGCGAUGGGUUGAUUGAGUUCCAAGGCAUCUGUGAUUGUAAAAUUGUGGGGGAGAAGGAGAUGAAGGAUUUGGAAACAGCUAAGGGUAGUGGAGCGAAUGGUGAGGAGGAAGAAGUUGUUUGGCUAGAGGAAUAA